AUGACGACUAUUAUGGAAGAGCACGAGGGUGAUUUUGCUGCUGUUGCUCAGCCGGAUUUCGAGCAGUUGUUGGAUAUUCCUGAGGGUGCUUUUGGCGGUGGUGAUGAGGCGUUGUUUGGGAAUACGGUUGCGACGGAUCCGGCGAGGCUAGGGUACUGUCCGGAUCACCCUGGCGACGAUACGAAUUGCUGGUGCAAUAGCUUCAUGGGAGAUUGGGACAUCCCACAGCCUGCGACUGAUGCGACUGAGGCUCCCACUGGUUUAGAAGAACCAGACUACUCGAGGACUGAAAGCUUCGAGUAUGGUCCGUCUGUUCCGUUCAAAGAUGAUGCUCCAGGCAGUUCGAAGCGCAACGGCAUCCGCUUUCCUCGACAUGCCGUGAAGACUCUCCGAGACUGGCUUGAUGCCCACGCCGACAACCCGUACCCAACCGAAGAGGAGAAAGUGAAGCUCGAACGCCAGACUGAACUGAAGCCAAGUCAAAUCGCCAACUGGCUCGCUAAUGCGCGACGUCGACGAAAGGCUACAGAAAAGGCGAAACCAAGGCUCGCUAGCUCACCGAGUCUUCGACCGACUACUGCUGCUAUUGACAUUCCUACUCCGGACAAGCCAUGGGACGAGCUCAAUCCCUUCGAAAGAUGGAAGAACUCUCCACCUGAACACGAACCUGCUUCCAUCACGGAUAUCGCCAUCGCCGUCGCGAACACAGACUUCCCUGAGGAUCCAGUCUCGCGGUCGCCUUCUACGAAUGGUCGAUCGAGCAAAAGGCGUAAGGCUUCCAGCAAUGGAUCUGGCUUCUCCAAUGUUAGGGCGCCGUCUACGACCUCGCUGGAGACUGGCCAGACUUCAUCACUCUCUGCGUCGAGCGCGGCGUUCUCUGCUUCCAACGACUCCUCGCACUCUACGCAUGGCUCGUUCGGCUCUUUCAGUUCCAGUCUGGCUGGAAAGAAAGAUCGUCGACGAAGGCGGAGGCCAGCGCCUGCGAGCGCCGCCCGCAAGUCUUUGAUCGAUGAUAAGAAGCGCAUCUUCCAGUGCACGUUCUGCACAGAUACCUUCAAGUCGAAGUACGACUGGACCCGGCACGAGAAGUCUCUCCACCUGUCUCUCGAGAAAUGGAUCUGCGCACCUCUGGGACCGGUCAUCACGGAUCAAGAAUCUGGCGAAAAGAAGUGUGUGUACUGCGAUUUGUACAACCCCUCCAGCGACCAUAUCGAAUCGCACAACCACCGGCAGUGCGAGGACAAAGGAAUAGACGCCAGGACUUUCUACCGCAAGGACCAUCUGAGGCAGCAUCUCAGGCUCAUGCACGGUUGUGAGAUGUCCCCAGCCAUGGAGAGCUGGAAGUCGAUCGCCGCCAACAUCAACAGCAGGUGUGGAUUCUGCGCGCAGAGAUUCACGGUGUGGCAGGAGAGAGUGGAUCACUUGACCGCGCAUUUCAAGGCUGGCGAUCGCAUGUCUGGAUGGAAGGGAUGCAGAGGCUUGGAUCCAGCGGUUGCGGCGCAAGUCACGAAUGCGAUGCCACCGUAUCUUAUUGGAAUUGAGGCUGCGAGUCCCAACCCGUUCUCUGCUACAAACAGAGCAACGUGGCGCCAGGCGCCCGAGUUUGGAUCCCAGGAGUGCAAAGGAAGACACCAAGAGUGGGAAGCCACUUGCUGGGAGAUUCUCACCGUCCGACUCGGCAAGUAUGCAAAGGAAAUGGCAGACAAGGGCUGCGUCUUGUCCGACGAGGACCUGCAACGUCAAGCACGUCUGAUCUUAUACGAUUCGGACGAUGCCUGGAACCAGACGGCAGCCGACAAUCCGGAGUGGCUCGACCUGUUCAAGAAGGCGCAUGGCCUGGACUUCAUUCCUACGGCGAUCGGUGGUCAGGGAAACCAGAUCCCAGAGGAUCUUGAGACAUACACGGAUCUUGGACUGCGAAUCCCGUUCACUGUGCAGUUGCAGGCGUAUAACCAGGAUCAGACCGGCAGGAAUAUGGCAGACGCAGCUACCAGGCCAGGUCCGUACCAGAAGGCGAGGGAGAAUCUGAAGGAGGUUUACUCGCUACUUGCGACUGAAGGCGUCUUGUACAAUGGCGAUCAGUCUUGUCCACAUACCAAGUGCUCGGAGAAUCUGAUGGACGUCAGCAAAGUUGACGGUGGGAAUUCGCCGGGCUCAAGGCUGAGAAGAUGGUGCAACGAAAAGCUCUCGACAGACGCCGCAGAAAAGCUGACGACACUACGAACGAUUGGAGCCAUCAAGCCCAACUCCGCUGCGACCGCCACAGAGAACCGCCAUCGAGCACUCGCCACGCUCUGGGAUCUCGAAGCCAUCGCUCACGAACACACCGGCUCCUGCUCAUCCAUGUUCGACAUGCAAGCCGCCGCCAACGCCCGCGCUCGAGCCCUGACAACCCUCGACAACCAAGAGAAGCAGCACACCUCCUGCGCUUGGCAGGAAUCCGACGUCCAACUCAGCAAUGCCCGAGCCCGAACUCAGGGCUUGGAAGCUCUAUCCCACGCCGAGUGCACAAGCUCAGAGAGACGAUCGCGAGCCCUGGAAGCGCUCUCCAGAGCCGAAGCCCCAGAGAAGAUGCCCGAACUAGGAGGACGGAAAUGGCCCGGAUACCUCCCACGACACAAGUACGAACUGCCCAAAGACCGCGCGAGGCUCUUCGCCACCACGACUCCCGCAUGGGAGGACAGCGGCAUGAUGCCCGCGCCCGUGAGGACGUCCCUGCCGGAAAUCAGCGAGAUCCCCACGACCACCACCACGACCAGCACAGGCGCCAUGAUGGAAUUCCUCGGCGGCGAUAUCGGUUCCCACCUCCCCUUCAGCUCCGACGCCCUGACCUCCCAGAUCCCGCUCCCAGACUACUCCGCCGCCGAAACGGACUGGCAGCUCCCCGACGGCGGGACGGUCAGCCACGAGGAUAUGAUGGAUUUGAUCAAAGCGACCAGCGGGGAAGCCGAGCCGGUUUUUGACCCGGUCAUGGCGGAUUUGGAUAUGGAUUGGAUGAAUGCGGAUAUGGGUGGCAUUGCGACCACGGGGGAUGGAGGUGCUGGGAUGGCGACGGGGGCGGUGGGUAUGGAUGAUGUGAAUUUUGAGGAUUUGACGUUUGAUGGGGUGUUUGAUAUGCCGAUUGAUGAGACUUUUGGGGGGAGUGUGUAG